GUAGCCUCCCUCUGCGUGUGUGUGUGUGUGUGUAUGUGUGUGUGUGCGUAUGUGUGUGUGCGUCUUCCUCCCUCCUGCCUCCCUGCCUCCAUGCAUCUGACAGCGUCCCUCCCUCUUUCUCUCUCCUCCUCCUCCUCCUUCUCUCAUUAGGCUUUUCACCGGCAAAACACCGACACACUCCCUUCCCCUCAUACCGGGAAUAAACGCGGAGCGGCGGCAGGAGGAGCACGAUUGACCCCUACCGUGCGCACCAUCCAUGGUCCUCCCCUGGAUGUCAGUCUGACAGGAGGGUUGGUGUUACUUUGCUGAAGCAACAGAGGCAGGCCCUGAGUCGGAGGUGAAGAGAGCAGAGACAGGAGUCCUCCCAGAAGGCAGGGGGCAGCGGCAGCCAUGCAGGACUCAGCCUCGGACAACAAGAUGGCCAAACAGGAACAGAACUCCAAGCAUCUGGACGAACACAGGGAAACAGAUGACAUGUCUGAGAAGAUGUCCCCAAACAAGAAUCUCAAAUCUCCUCAGAAAGGCUCCAAACGACUUAAAACCGCCCCCUUCAAAGUGACCCUGCUGGACUCAUCCGACUAUGAAGGAGAAGUGGAGAAACACUCCAAAGGACAGACCCUGAUGGACAUGGUCUGUGAGCACCUCAACCUGCUGGAGAAGGACUACUAUGGUUUGACCUUUGCCGACACAGACACCCAGAAGAACUGGUUGGACCCCUCCAAGGAGAUCAAGAAGCAGAUGCGAAAUUCUCCUUGGCACUUUGCCUUCGCUGUCAAGUUCUACCCUCCAGACCCUUCUCAGCUCACUGAGGAUAUUACCAGAUACUACCUGUGUCUGCAGCUGAGGGAUGACAUGCUGUCAGGUCGACUGCCGUGCUCGUUCGUCACUCACGCCCUCCUGGGCUCCUACAGCGUUCAAGCCGAGCUGGGCGACUACGACCAGGAAGACCACGGCUCCGACUACGUCAACGAUUUUCGCUUCGCCCCCAAUCAGACUCGGGAGCUGGAGGAGAGGGUGAUGGAGCUCCACCGAAACUACAAGGGUAUGACUCCAGCAGAGGCUGAAAUUAACUUCUUGGAGAAUGCAAAGAAACUGUCAAUGUACGGGGUAGACCUUCACCAUGCUAAGGAUUCUGAAGGGAUCGACAUAAUGCUGGGUGUCUGUGCCAACGGCCUGCUGAUUUACCGUGAUCGGCUGAGGAUCAACCGCUUUGCCUGGCCAAAGAUUCUUAAAAUCUCCUAUAAGAGGAGUAACUUCUACAUCAAGAUACGACCUGGAGAGUACGAGCAGUUUGAAAGCACUAUCGGGUUUAAGCUUCCCAACCACAGGGCUGCAAAGAGGCUGUGGAAGGUCUGCAUUGAGCAUCACACCUUCUUCCGGUUGGUGUCUCCAGAGCCUCCUCCUAAGGGCUUCUUGGUGAUGGGUUCAAAGUUUCGAUACAGCGGAAGGACGCAGGCUCAAACCAGGCAGGCCAGCGCUCUUAUAGACCGGCCUGCUCCACAUUUUGAGCGAUCCACCAGCAAGAGGUAUCUGCUCUCCAGGAGCUUGGAUGGAGAAUUCUCACGGCCUGUAUCAGCCAUGUGUGAGAACCACGACGGCCUCUCCCACCGCAGCGUCAGUGAACAGCGUCGUCUCCACAGCCCCUCUGUGGAUGAGCAGGAGACGGAGCUGGAGCCCAGUUUGGAGCAGGACGAGGACGACAAGGACCAAGAGGACGAUGAUGGCAAUGUCACUCCAAGCAAAAAGAAAGAAAUUAUGUUUCUGGAUAAAUCACAGGACGUCUUGUUGAAGCACCAGGCCAGUAUCAACGAGCUGAAGAGAGCCCUGAAAGAGCCCAACAGCAAGCUGAUAAACCGUGAGAAGCACCUGUCAGGGACCUCCCCAACCGGCACGCCAGAGAAGAAGGCUGAGCCGGUCUCUACUCCUUCCAUUUAUGAAGCACCAUUUGCUGACUUCAAGCCUCCUGUGGCAAAGAGAGACCCCAGUGCUGUCAGUAUGGCCCAUAUGCUCAAGAGGGCCGGCAGCAAGACAGAGACACAUACGAAUGGAUCAGAAGUCCAUCCCAACAUCAUGAAUGCCUCACCGCAGAACUACGGAGUCAUCAGCCAGCGAGAGGCUCCUGCUCCAAUUAAAGAAAAUGGCUCCCCUGUAAAAGCCAGCACCCAGGGGAGGGAGUCCGUUGUGUCACCGCUGACCAUCACGGCUGAGAGUGUCACCUCAGCAACCACAACCCAAGUUACCAAGACUGUGAAAGGAGGCUACUCAGAGACCAGAAUCGAGAAAAGGAUUAUAAUCACAGGAGACGACGACGUGGACCAACAUCAGGCCCUCGCCAUGGCAAUCCAAGAGGCCAAGCAGCAGCAUCCUGACAUGCUGGUGACAAAAGCAGUGGUUAUCAGGGAAACAGAGUCUCCCACUGAGGAGAUGCAGCAGAAAGCAGAGUCCUGAUUGGUCAUGGUGGCACCUGAGACGGAGGACAGGAGAGUAUCCUCCAGCUGUUUGUCUCCUGCCCCGCCCUGCAGUAUGCCACCAACCUGAUAUGAGGACUCUCUACCCCCACUGUGUACACACCGACACGAGAACAGACUGCACUCCAUGAAGCAGUAGACCUCCACUUUCUGUCCCUUUAGACAAACCAACUGUGACUCUAGCCUCUGACCCAACCCGGCCUCCUGUC